AUGAACAACUCUGUGCACAAGUUUGCCACAUUGGUCGUUUUGCUAGUCGCAGUUGCGGUUGAAGAAACGUCGUCGUCGUCGGGGCCAUACUGCAACAACAAUGACGCUUCGGCGGACUACGAGGCACAUAAAGCGCACGUGCUCGACGAGCUGGCCAACGUGACCCCGACCACGCAAGGAUACAGCUACUCCACCUCGUUUCCUGAUCCGGCCGGUGGCCACGACGUCGUCUACGGCGCCGCCGAUUGCACUCCGGGCGUCGGAGUUUCGGAGUGUGUUAGCUGUCUGAUCGGAGCUAAGCUUUCGCUGGCCGAGAUCUGUGGUUUCAGCCUUUACGGGGUGGUGAAGCUACCUCUCUGCGGCAUGAGCUUCGUCCCCGCCGUGGCUAGCUAG